AUUUACGUCGGUGCAGGACACGCCCCUUGUUGAGCCGGGAGCCUGAGGUACAAGAGCGUGCGCCAGGGUCCUAGCGCCGGCCGCUGCACGGUUGAGUGGGGAUGGUCUAGAAUGAUCCCUUUCGGAGCUGCAUCCAUCUUGGUUGUCAGUGGCAUCCAGUUGGCGUGAACCCAUCAGAAGGUUCCCUGUGUGGUCAGACUCAUCUACAAUAAGUAUAAGCUCUUGAUCAUACAGAAAUACAUAUCAUGGGAUAAAGGAACAUGGCGUCAGUGGGGAGAGUCAUGCGUGCGAUCCGGGUGCUGGAAUUCGGGAAGCCUGAUGUUCUUAAACUCUUCACAGAUGUCCCGCUGCCUUCCCCAGGAGACGACCAGGUUUUAAUCAGAGUUCACGCGUGUGGGGUGAAUCCAGUGGAAACGUAUAUCCGAGCCGGUGUCUAUGCCCGGAAGCCGAACCUGCCGUACACCCCUGGCUCUGACGUAGCCGGAGUUGUGGAUGGCGUUGGGCAAAAUGUAACCUUGUUUAAGAAAGGCGAUCGUGUGUUCACCACGGGGACCAUCACAGGCGGGUACGCGGAAUACACUGUGGCGGCUGAAGAUACGGUUUUCCCUCUGCCUGAGAAGCUGAACUAUAAACAAGGAGCCGCCAUAUCUGCUCCGUACUUCACCGCCUACCGGGCGCUCUUUACCAAAGCGCGCGGCAGAGCCGGGGAGGUGGUUCUCAUACACGGUGCCAGCGGAGGAGUGGGGAUCGCGGCUUGUCAGAUUGCCAGAGCCUAUGGCUUCAAGGUGUUUGGGACAGCAGGGAGCGCCGAGGGAUCAAAUAUUGUCUUGCAAAAUGGGGCCCACAAAGUGUUCAACCACAGAGAGAGAGAUUACAUUGAGAAGAUCCAGGAGGCUGCCGGAGGAGAGGGAAUUAAUAUUGUAUUAGAGAUGUUGUCCAACGUCAACCUCAGUAAUGACCUGAAACUUCUGUCAACUGGCGGCAGAGUGAUAAUUAUUGGCUGCAGAGGUUCCAUUGAAAUAAACCCAAGAGACACAAUGGCCAAAGAAUCCAGUAUAAUCGGAGUUUCCCUGUUCAGCUCCACUAAGGAGGACUGGAAGGAGGCUGGGGCAGCGCUGAUUGGGGGCAUGGAGGCUGGCUGGCUGAAUCCACUGAUUGGCCCUGAGUAUCCCCUGGAGAAAGCCCCUCAGGCCCAUGAGGACAUCAUACAGAGUAGCGGAGCCACCGGAAAGAUGGUCUUUGUGCUCUAAGCGGAUCACAAGCGGAGGGCUGCAAUGGGGGUAUUUAGUAAGAUAAAAACAAAACAUUGAGCACUUAUGAUCCAUUAAUGAAACACCGGGCCUGUAGAAAGGAACCUGGUGCUUGUAUAUUAACCUCCUAAAAUGUUUGAUAAAAUACUGGGUUCCCUCUUACAUGUGAGAAAUAAACCUGAAUCCAUUUCUUAUCUA